AUGGUUGAAUCAAACGGCACCUUGGCGGCAGAAGCUCCAGAGUCGAUGCGGACGGUCUACAUAUCACCCACUUUGAAAUCCUGGCUUGCAGAAGUGUUGAUCGAAUGCUUCACAGCCCCAGACGCACCCACUUCGUUGCCAUCUGCGUCCACCUCCCUCAGCGCGUCUAUCGUCACGCGGAUGCCCACAGAGGCCCCCGACGAGCCCUUCGGCACAAGAGUGAACUUGCCCGCUCUGGCCCUGAACUUGGAGUUCCAAGGGGAUGUCCGGCGCCAGCGCCAGCUCUUCAGUCGUCGCUUCUUCGAAUAA